UUCCAGUAUAUAAGAGGGCCAGUCACCCAUAGCAACCCAACAAACCUGUACCCGCUAAAAACCGCGUGGAGGAUCGUGGUGCACCAGCGAAGAACACCAGUGAGGCGAGUACCUAGCGAAUCACCUAUCUCUCCAUGCCCGGUCUUAUAAAUCUUUGAGGAGAGCAGUGUUGAGCUUCGAUCAGGGUUGCAAGAGCAAGAAGCUCUGCUGGCGGGAGCUUCGAUCAGCAUCAUCCAUGGUUGUGCAGAAGCCGUGGCUCCCCGUCGAUCUGCGGCUGCCGGCGAGGCCGCAGGAGGCGUUGGGGAUCCUGGCGUUCGAGGCGGCGGCGGCCAUGUCGAAGCUGCUGUCGCUGCACCGGUCGCUGUCGGACCAGGAGGUCUCCCGGCUGCGGUCCGACGCCAUGCGGUCGCCGGGCGUGGCGUACCUUAACUCCACCGACCAGGCGUUCCUCCUCAGGCUGGCCUGUGCGGAGUUGGUCGUGUCGCUGGACGCGGCGGCCGCCGCCGUCGCACGGCUAGGCCUGCGGUGCGGCAUCGACUUCGGCGGCGUGUACGCCUGCUUCAAGGCCGGCGCGGCCGACGCGCGGCUGGACCCGCUCGUGGCCAAGGGGCUCAGGGUGAAGGCCAAGAAGAUGGAGCGGCUUGUCGCGGCCACGGCCAAGCUCUGCUCCGAGAUGGAGGCGCUCGAUGAACUGGAGGUCGCCGAGCGGAAGAUCGACGUCCGGGGCUGGAGCCGCCUCAGCGGUCCGAUCCCGGUGCAGCCGGUGGCGGCGGCGGCGGCGGUGGCGGCGCAGGCCGGGGAGUCGCCCGGGGCGGAGUCACUUCGGCAGGAGCUCAAGGCGCAGCGGGUCAAGGUGCGGCGCCUCAUGGAGGAUUCUCUCUGGAACCAGAGCUACGAGAAGGCCGUCGGCCUCAUGGCGCGCGCCGCCUGCGCCGUGUUCGUCCGCAUCUGCACCAUCUUCGGCCCAUUCGUGCCUGGCCUCCCGCCGUCACUGCCGUCGGCCACCACGGAUAGCGUCCAGACCCGGCUGUCGAAGCUGCUGCACCCGCGGUUGGCGAAGGCGAAGGCGUCGUCGGGGCCGAUCACGCGCCGUGACGGGCCGUCCCGCGUCCACCCGCCGAUGAGCAACUCGUGCCCGAUCAUCGGCCUGCGUCCAUACGGCCAGAAAUCCACCACCGACUGGCGCAAGAUCCUGGACGCGCCGCCCAGCACUGUCGGCGGCGCGGGGCUGGAUCAGCAGUACGCGAACGUAAUCGUUUCCGCUGAGGAGCUACUCCAGAUGGAGGCCGAGGGGCGGCAGGAGGAGGCGGCCGCAGAACGCGCGGAAAUGUACGAGAUGCUCCCGGCCAAGCUCCGCGCGGCGGUGCGUUCGAAGCUGCGUGAGUGGUGGCGAGACCCCGGACCGCUGGACGCCGGUCUGGCACAGGGGUGGAAGGAGGCGGUGGACCGCAUCAUGGCGUGGCUGGGCCCGAUGGCGCGCGACACGGCGCAGUGGCAGUCGGAGCGGAACAUGGACCGGACGCGGCGGUUCGACGGCGCGCCGCGCGUGUACGCGCUGCAGACGCUGCGGUGGGCGGACAAGGAGAAGGCCGAGGCGGCCAUCGUGGAGGUGCUCGUCGCGCUGAGCUGCAUCUGCUGGUACGAGGAGCGCCGGCGAGGCUCCGUCCGCCGCUGAUCGAUGGGCCGGUUGAGCCGUUCAACGUCGAAACUCGGACCGGCGUGGCGCGGCAAACUUUGUUCAAAUCCGAAGAUUUCCUUUUCUUCUGCGUUUGUCAAAGCUUUGAUUUGAAGAGCUGAUUUUUUGGACCCGUAGAAAUAGUUGAAAGCAAGAUACUACUGUAACAAUUGUUGAUUGGUUUGCGCGUACGGUGGCUGUCAGCGGCCUGACGCCGACAUGUAGGGCUCUCCCUCUCCCGUCGGUCUCACGCCGGUGACAGAGUCCGGUGUAGGUACAUGUCACGCGGAAGGAAGGAUUGUCUAAUAUAUACUACGAUUGAUUCUUUGAAA